GAGAUGAGCAGCGCCGGCGCCGCUGCAAGAUGCUGGAUGGACACGUCCUGCUCGGAUGGCUCUGCUCCUGCGCGCUCCUAGGGCUGCUCGCCUGCGCCCCGCGGCCCGCCGCCGCGUACUUCGGGCUGACCGGGAACGAACCCUUGACCAUCCUCCCUCUGACCUCGGAAAUGGAGGAAGCCGCCGUCAAAGCCCACUACAAAGUCUGUGACCGCCUGAAGCUGGAGAAGAAGCAGCGCAGGAUGUGCCGUCGGGACCCUGGCGUGGCCGAGACGCUCAUGGAGGCCAUCAGCAUGAGUGCCCUGGAGUGCCAAUACCAGUUUCGCUUUGAGCGUUGGAAUUGCACCCUGGAGGGCCGCUACCGGGCCAGCCUGCUGAAGAGAGGUUUUAAGGAGACAGCCUUUCUUUAUGCCAUUUCCUCAGCGGGGCUCACCCAUGCCAUGGCCAAGGCGUGCAGCGCUGGGCGCAUGGAGCGCUGCACCUGCGAUGAGGCCCCUGACCUGGAGAACCGUGAGGCUUGGCAGUGGGGUGGCUGCGGUGACAACCUGAAAUACAGCAACAAGUUUGUCAAGGAGUUUCUGGGAAGGAAGCCCAACAAGGACCUGCGAGCCAGGGUGGACUUCCACAAUAACCUCGUGGGCAUGAAGGUGAGUCACAGGUCUUUGGGGUGA